CUCACAGCUUUAUAGCCAUUUUCAUGAUGCUGAGUAGAAAAUUGCUUUCUAUACGUUGGAGGUUGUAUGUAUAGUUUUCCUUCUCAGAGAAUAUUCAUGCUUCUCAAAGCUGAUCCAGAAUCUGUGAGAUCGCGAGAACACGGAGCUCCACGAGGUCCCGCAGCGCUCCUGAAUCUGAAGAGCUUCGUCAGUCACAGAGGAGACCUGCUGGAUCUCAGAGACCAGGACCAAGAGCGGGAUGGAGGAGGACAACCAGGACCCGGAGCCCCGGAGCAACAACGUCCCCGGAGGACAAACAGCAGGCUCGAGCUCUGAUAGCACCGAUGUUCAGAAACAGAGAGGAGGAGAGGGACUCAAACGUCACCAUUGUCAGCACUGUGGCAAAUACUUCGCAUCAUCUGGAUCUUUAAAGAUUCAUCAGAGAGUUCACACUGGAGAGAAACCGUACCGCUGUGACCAGUGUGGGAAAGCGUUCACUAGAUCAGGUGGACUAACAACCCACUGGCGUGUUCACACUGGAGAGAAACCGUACAGCUGUGAACAAUGUGGGAAAGCUUUUGCUCAAUCAUUUCACCUAGAAAUCCACAGACGUGUUCACGCUGGAGAGAAACCGUACCGCUGUGACCAGUGUGGGAAAACUUUCACUAGAUCAGGUGGACUAACAACCCACUGGCGUGUUCACACUGGAGAGAAACCGUACAGCUGUGAACAAUGUGGGAAAGCUUUUGCUCAAUCAUUUCACCUAGAAAUCCACAGACGUGUUCACGCUGGAGAGAAACCGUACCGCUGUGACCAGUGUGGGAAAACUUUCACUAGAUCAGGUGGACUAACAACCCACUGGCGUGUUCACACUGGAGAGAAACCGUACAGCUGUGAACAAUGUGGGAAAGCUUUUGCUCAAUCAUUUCACCUAGAAAUCCACAGACGUGUUCACGCUGGAGAGAAACCGUACCGCUGUGACCAGUGUGGGAAAACUUUCACUAGAUCAGGUGGACUAACAACCCACUGGCGUGUUCACACUGGAGAGAAACCGUACAGCUGUGAACAAUGUGGGAAAGCUUUUGCUCAAUCAUUUCACCUAGAAAUCCACAGACGUGUUCACGCUGGAGAGAAACCGUACCGCUGUGACCAGUGUGGGAAAACUUUCACUAGAUCAGGUGGACUAACAACCCACUGGCGUGUUCACACUGGAGAGAAACCGUACAGCUGUGAACAAUGUGGGAAAGCUUUUGCUCAAUCAUUUCACCUAGAAAUCCACAGACGUGUUCACGCUGGAGAGAAACCGUACCGCUGUGACCAGUGUGGGAAAACUUUCACUAGAUCAGGUGGACUAACAACCCACUGGCGUGUUCACACUGGAGAGAAACCGUACAGCUGUGAACAAUGUGGGAAAGCUUUUGCUCAAUCAUUUCACCUAGAAAUCCACAGACGUGUUCACACUGGAGAGAAACCGUACAGCUGUGACCAAUGUGGGAAAGCUUUCGCUACAUCUGGUAGCCUUACAACACACCUCCGACAUGUUCACACUGGAGAGAAACAGUACCGCUGUGACCAAUGUGGGAAAGCUUUUGCUACAUCAAGCUAUCUAAAGAUCCACCAUCGUGUUCACACUGGAGAGAAACCGUACAGUUGUGACCAGUGUGGGAAAGCUUUCACUACGCCAGGUGACCUAAAAAUCCACUGGCGUAUUCACACUGGAGUGAAACCGUACAGCUGUGACCUAUGUGAGAGAACUUUCACUACAUCAGGUCACCUAGAAAUCCAUCGGCGUGUUCACAGUGGAGAGAAACCGUACAGCUGCGACCUAUGUGGGAAAGCUUUCACUUCAUCAAGCCAUCUAAAUGCCCACCGUCAUGUUCACACUGGACAGAAACCGUACUGGUGUGAACACUGUGGGAAAACUUAUGCCCGGAAUGGUUCCCUUAUAGUUCACAAACGGAUUCAUGCUGCUUCACUUUGAACGUUUCAGAGCCGAACGCAUGUUAAAACACGACGAAGGUGUGAAAGUUCUUAAAAACUUCACAAGACACAACAAUUUCCACCUGCAGAGAAACACACAGAAAGAGACGCCAUCUUGUAUGAUGUUAGAAGACUUACAUAUGUGGGUCUUGAUUGGUAACUAACAACAAGCCUCCUCCUCAUGUGGCUCACCUGCUACUGUGGAAACAGAAUUGCAGCUGAAGAAAUUCAAAAUGCGAGUUGUCUUUACAAACUGAAAUAAAGUAAACUGAGCAGACAGAGAGGUUUAGGUAAGUAAAGACUGAAGUAAGGUGGAAAAUUAAAUGUAGUUAAAAUGGGAUAAUACCUGGUUAAUAGAAAUAGGGUAACGUAUUCUUUCAUAUAAAUUUCAUUUCAUUUCAUUUAAAUAUUACAAAUAUACUCUCACCCCAGUCAGUCUGUGGGAAAGAUUGAGCCCUGUGAUACUGCUGUUCAUUUUCCUUUAUAUAUAUUUUUUUGAAUAUGCAGUUGAUCAGAAAAGCCGAUGCUGAUGGGGAUCCUAAUAAGUUAAUUUUCCAACAAAGGAAAAAAUGCUUGUGUAUGCUGUCAGAUAUAGGUCUUGGAAAAUUGUAAUCGUCCAGGAAAAAUCAAUGCCUCUUUACCUGAUAGCUGUGUUAUAUCCUGAGCUUGUCUACCCAAUAUUUGGUAUGCAAAAGUCUUUUUUCCCCCUAAACUAAGUGUUGUAGUAUAACUAGCAGUAUAUCAUUAAUGUGUAAGUCUGAAGUUAUUGAAUAUCUCUGCAGAAUGUGUUUUUGGUGUUGCACUUUGUAGACGGUCCCUGCGCACUCGUCUCACAGCCGGCUGCACGUAGAGACCAAUGUUAUUUGUGCCACUCCUAGGAAGACUCAUUUAUGUGAAAAUGUACUUGUAGCUUGUUGUCUACUUAACUACGAUAAUAAAGUUGUUUGUGUUUUAAACACA